GAACUGUCUUUUCAGCCUGAUGUAUAGCUCAUUGCUUGGACACCUCACAGUUCAGACUCCGGAAGAAACGUGCACAAAAGAUUCUUGGUACUCGUAUUUAAUUCUAGAGCCAAGAGAAUUUCUAGAGAGAGAGAGAGAGUUUGUGGGGAGGAAACAAGCCUAACUUCAUCCCAACAGGCAACACUUAUGGUUCUUUAUUCUUCUAAUCCUACCAGAUCCCAAAGGAAAUGGAGCAUCUAAGCCUGCAAUUACAAGGUCACACCUCACCUUCAGCUCAGUCGUCACCAUUUCAGUCCCAACAGAAAGAAGUUACUGCUGCACCAAAAAUUACUUCUAAAGAUCAGACAUGCAUUUCAUCUGAAUCUGAAAGUCAUGGGAAACAUUUAUCUGCUCAAAUCAAUCCCAUGUUCCUUGUUGGCAAUCCAGAUCUUUCCUUGAACCCAUCCCAUGGCGAAAUGAAUCAAUCUAUGAUUCACUCUCCUUACAAUUACUCAGAUCCAUACUACAGUGGGUUAUUUGCUGCUUAUGGACCUCAGCCAUUUGUGAGUAGUGUGUGUUUCUUUUUCCAUGUUUUGCAUUGUUGUUUUGCUAACGAGUUUCUAAGAUUUUCAUUACUAUGUUUCCAUAUUAUUACUUUAAGUCUUUUCAUUGCCACUAUGCCUUUUUAGUAUGGAUUGAUAGUGUUACGUGAUUUUUCACAAUUAAUUAGCACUGUACAUUUAGUGCGAUCGACCCAACUAAGCUAGUUGAGAGUAUUAAGGUGCUGAUGAUGACUAGAAUCCAUUUUUGUCAGGCGAUAGCUUCAAUUCUUUUAUUUUAACACAUUCUAGAGUAUGCUUCAUUUGCAUUUAUGCCAAAAAGGUUUCAAGUUCAGUUGCUCAGGUUUUAAUGAAUAAAGAGAAGAAAGACCCAAGGGUCUAUUUGGAAGAUUGGAUAUACUAGGGUCUAGGUAAAGAAAAUUGGUAGCAGUGG